CCGACGUUAUUCGCACGCCGUCGCCGCGCCACCGUACACGUCGGCCAGUCCCUUCGCAGCGUAUUUUUAUUGCGCGCGCCUGCCCGUCGUCAUCAUCGAUCGCCGUCGCAGCCGACCCGCCGCCGCCGUCGCCGCCACCGAUACCAUUCUCACCGGUCUCGCGAAAGCUGACCGUCACACGCCGUCAGUCUCAGUCGUCGCCGCGCCCGAUUAAUCGUCGCGAGAACACCACCCGACUUGCAGUUUUCCCGAUUACCGAUUCGGGUCAAUCGCAUCCCCCGGCCGGUCGCGCCACUCGUCACGUGAACAGCCCGCGCUCCGUUCCGCCGCCGCCGCCGACAUCCACCCCCGACCCGGAACCGCGCGGUCGCCGCCAUGGUCAAGCACAACACGGACACGAACGGCAUUGGGUACGAGUGGGAGUACGCCAAGGUGAAGGAUGACCGGACGAUAUGGCAGAAGAUCAUCAUGGGCAUCUACAACCCGAGCUCGCACGAGUUUCUCGGCCGGUCCGCAAAGAGUUGGGGAGGAAUUCUACUUUUUUAUGCCGUGUUUUAUUCAAGUUUGGCAUGUAUGUUCGGCAUAUGCAUGAAAGUGCUACUAUCUACAUUGAAUGACCAUACACCUCAUUUCACAUUGACCAACUCAAUAAUCGGCACAAACCCUGGACUAGGAUUUCGACCCAUGUCUCCGAACGUCGAAGAUGGAUCACUAAUUUACUACGCGGCAGACAACGCAACUAAUGUAGAGGCAUGGACUAAUGAAUUAGACAAAUUCCUUGCUGUUUAUAAGAACAAGACAUUGUUGCCAGACAAAGGUAAUAAUCAACAGAAAUGUGGUUACAACAUGCCACCACAAAAAGACAAGGUUUGCGAGGUCAGCCUGGCCAACAUGGGACCAUGCUCAUCCGAAUACAAAUAUCAAUAUCCAAAAGCUCAGCCCUGCGUUUUCAUUAAGCUCAAUAAGAUUUUCGACUGGGAACCAGAAUUCUAUAAUAACAAGACAGACAUUCCAGCUGAGAUGCCACAAGAACUUAAAGACAAAAUUGCACAAAGAAUGAAACAUGAGUUAUUUACAAUAUGGGUCACCUGCGACGGAGAAGCGCCAGCAGACAAAGACAAUAUUGGACCACUUAAGUUAUAUCCACAAGACGGAUUCCCUGGCUACUACUACCCAUACAGAAACAAACGCGACUACCUUAGCCCAUUAAUUGCCAUACAUUUCCUAAAUCCAAAAAGACAUACUUUGAUCAACGUGGAAUGCCGUGCCUGGGCUAAGAACAUAUUUUACAAACGCAGCUUGCAAAAUCGCGAAGGUUCCGUUCACUUCGAAUUGAUGAUUGACUAAAGUUGCAGACUCUUAGUCGAUAAUAACGCCGCUAAACCAUUUGCUUUGUUCUCAGUUUUUUGGUGCAUCACAAAACACAGAACAUAGCCAGUUUAUUUUUAGUACUAUAUCGUUGUAUUGUUAAUUGGUUUAAGUGAAAUCCCAACAAAACGCGUUUACUCCUUUUAUAAAAAAUAAUAAUAACGUUAGGUGUUUUUUUUUUUUUUUUUUGUUUUUUUUUUUUUUGCUUAGGAAUGUUUCUUAAAGUUAAACAUACGUUUAUAAAUAUAUAUUAAUAUUAAUAAAUAAAAUAAGAGCACAGAAAAUUUAAUUAAUAUACUUAUAAUUCAAGCUUAAAAAAUGCUGUGUAAAUUCACAGUUAUACAAUAUGUAUUCAUCUGACGACUUCAAUGAUUAUCAUUUAUCACUGCCUAUAACUUUUUUUUAUAAUAUCCCAUAAGUAGAUGUACCUAUAGUUAUUUCUACUGCAAAAUAAUGUAGAUGGUUGGUUUAAUUUAUUCGGCUUGUUUUUAUGAGCAAAUUCGGAUAUAAUCAAUGCAAGGUAGGCAAUCUAAUGAUAAGUCGUAGGAACGCGUUCCAAUAAAAAAGUAGAUACCUAUUAUUAAUUUAAAACUCAACUCAAAUUUUUCAUCUAAAAAUAAAUAAAUAAUUAAUUAUAAUUAUGUUAUUUGAAAAAUAUUUACACACUGUCGUCAGUCUAAAGUUUUCACUUUAGACGUAACCGUCAUCAUAUGCGGAAAUUUGAAUUUUUUUUCUUUUGGGGGUAGGGGCUAUUAUUAUUAUUAUUUAGCAUUAUUAAAAAUAAAAGAUCCCGCUCCCUUUAACUAUUCAUAUAGUUCGUGGAUAAAUGUAUACAAUUCCAUGAAAGGGAGGGAUAUUGGAAUUUCUGGUGAGCCAAGUCGCCAGAUGCUCCUACGUCGAUGUCCACUCAUGGCCAUCACGUUAAAAUUAUAUACGAUCAUAUAUUUUUUUUUUUGUUAUAAACAAAAAUUAAUUGUAAUAAAGGAUACUUAUACCCAGUGGUGUCAUUUCGGGUUUGAUGGAGAGCAAAAUGUUUACCGAAUCUUUUAAAAAAAAUGAUAAAAUAUGUUUAUUCCUGCCGCGUUUUUGACUUUUACUAUAAUAUAUAGGUAAUUUGUAUCAUCGGCUUCCAUUGCGAUCGUUGAAUGUUUGCCUUUCAAAUAACUGCGUAACGUAAACAUAUUUUAAUACCUACAACAACUACAGCCAAUAAUAAUAAUAAAUUGAGAAUAGCGUUUUUGAUACGGACAAAAUAAUAUUAAAUUUUAUAAAAACGUUUUUAUUUCUUGCGGGGAGAUGAAGUCCAAUCAACCAAUUUCAAAAAUUUGCACUGCAGGCUUUUCAAAAAAAAUUAGCACUGUCAAAUCCAUCCUCUUUCGCCAGAAUGACGUGAUAGGAGGUACUUAUCAUCCUAUACUCCAGGUUUAUUGUCCAAAUGUUUUUUUUUUUUUAUUUGAUAUCGUCUCUCAUCAAUCUCAUCUCGCGUACAGUCACGUGCCUAUACAAAACUCUCAAGUAGGCAAUGCACGCGUCGUGUUUUAAGACGUUUUAAUGUUUUUGUGUCAGUCUUCUGACCUAAAUUAAAUACAUAAUAAUAUUAUGCUUUUUUUCUCUCCUCCCAUAGUCGAGUGAAAAAGUGUUGCGCAACACUCGACAACACGAUACUGCUAAAACGUUUUACAAUUUGUGGUUUAAUAUUUUAUAUUUAUGUAUAAACAAAACUAUAUACUUUUAGAUUAAAUUCGAUGAGAUUCAUCAAUACAUCCGGUUCACGUCUCCAUCGAUACAUAUUAAUUAUAGGCAGUGUUGGGUUGAAUGACUUUUUAAAAGUAAUUUCGAUGCGGGAAUUCGUAAUUUACGUUACGCGUCGUGUUACGUACUUAAGGUAGGUAUACCCAACUCUGGUCAUGGGUAGGUACUGUGGAACAGAAUAAUCGCAUUUGAGAAAAUUACUAAUUACCUAUAAAAUAUUAUUAUUUUUAAUAAACAUACAUAGGUGUUUGCCUAUUUAAUCGUAAUAUGUUUUAAGCUAUCGUUUUAAUGUAACAACAAAAUCGAAUAUUGAUUCUCGUAAUAAUUAUUAUACAUACAUUCGACACUAGAUUAAAGUAUAUAGCUAUUAUAUAUUAUAUUAUAUUAUUAUUAUUAUUAUUAUUAAUUAUUAUUAUAUUAAGAAAGUUAUUGAUUAUUUAAAAUUUUAAUGUGUUGACGUAGAGAGCUAAGUAAAAUUGAAUAUUCUAGUGGAAUAUAUAGCGUGUUUUGAAUCGUAUAAUUGUUAUACCUGUUUCGUUCUGUACGCUACCGAGAGGAAUAUUAUAUUAUGUAAUUCGUAGGUACUUACCAAUAUAAUAUAAGUGUAUAACAUGUAUGUAAUAGUAGUGUGGUGGGCUGUGGUUGAUGAUUUUAUUAUUAUGUAUGUAAACGGAAUCAUAUAGAUUAUAGAACUCGUUAAUGUAGAUGUUCA